CCUUCUAUGACAACUGAUAACUGUGGCCUGUGGGUUGAAGUGAUGGGACGUCCAUCGGAGACAUAGUGGAGAUGAGUAACACUCGAACAGAAAGAGACAGAGAUUGGUAGAGGCAGAGUCCGAGCACCACUCGCUAACGAUGUGGUUUUGUUGGCUGUUUGUAGAUUUGGCUUAGAAACCCUCCUCCACCCACCGCAAUCCACCAACCAUCAAUUUUUUUUAAUACCCUUUUCGAUUUAAUACCUACACCCAUAUAGAAGUCUAUCCUUUUUUCUAUCUCCAAGGGCAAAGGUACUUGCUUUUGGGGUCUCUGAUUUGCUUUCUCUUGAAGAACAGAAGGAAGAGUUUGUUUGUAUAUUUUGACUUUAGAAGAUGAGAGGGGGUCUUUGGCAGCUUGGCCAAUCAAUCACACGCCGUCUGGCUCAGGCUGAUAAGAAGGCUGUGGCACGUCGGUACUUUGCCUCAGAGGCUGAUCUGAAGAAGACUGUUCUUUAUGAUUUCCAUAUUGCUAAUGGUGGAAAGAUGGUCCCGUUUGCUGGAUGGGGCAUGCCUAUUCAGUAUAAGGAUUCUAUCAUGGACUCUACUGUAAAUUGUAGGGAGAAUGGUGGCCUCUUUGAUGUCUCCCAUAUGUGUGGGCUGAGCCUUAAAGGAAAGGAUUGUGUGCCAUUCCUGGAGAAACUAGUCAUUGCUGAUGUUGCUGGGCUUGCCCCUGGAACUGGAAGCCUCACUGUCUUUACAAAUGAGAAGGGAGGGGCAAUUGAUGAUUCAGUCAUCACCAAAGUGAAGGAUGAUCAUAUAUACCUGGUUGUGAAUGCAGGCUGCAGGGAUAAGGAUCUAGCACACAUUGAAGAGCAUAUGAAGGCAUUCAAGGCCAAAGGUGGGGAUGUCUCAUGGCACAUCCAUGAUGAGAGAUCUCUUCUGGCUCUUCAGGGUCCUCUUGCUGCUCCAGUUCUUCAACAUCUGACAAAAGAGGAUCUGAGCAAAAUCUACUUUGGGGAGUUCCGAAUGUUGGAUAUCAAUGGUGCACACUGCUUCAUCACUAGGACAGGGUAUACUGGUGAGGAUGGUUUUGAGAUCUCAGUUCCUUCAGAAAAUGCAGUGGAUCUUGCCAAGGCAAUCUUGGAAAAAUCUGAAGGGAAGAUCAGGUUAACAGGACUAGGAGCUCGAGACAGUCUGAGACUUGAAGCUGGACUCUGCCUGUAUGGCAAUGACAUGGAACAGCACGUAACACCCGUAGAGGCUGGGCUGACAUGGGCCAUUGGGAAGAGGAGGAGAGCAGAAGGUGGAUUCUUAGGUGCUGAUGUGAUUCUCAAACAACUAGCAGAUGGUCCAUCAAUCAGGCGUGUUGGCUUCUUCUCUACUGGCCCGCCACCAAGAUCUCACAGCGAGAUUCAGGAUGAGAAAGGGAACAACAUCGGAGAAAUCACAAGUGGAGGAUUCAGCCCUUGCCUGAAGAAGAACAUAGCAAUGGGAUAUGUGAAAUCUGGAUUACACAAGGCAGGCACCAAAGCUAAGAUUAUCAUUAGAGGAAAGGCCUAUGAUGGAGCAGUAACAAAAAUGCCAUUUGUCCCAACUAAAUAUUACAAGCCAAACUAGUUCCUUUCUGUCCCAUAACACCUGGAAAUUUUCUGAUUUGUUACUGGUUUCAGUUCCCUUUUUCUUAAUAAACUUGACCUCUGUUAUCUCUACUGAAAUCCUUUCUCUAUUUGCAAGAAACUUUAAAUGAAAUGGAAUGCGACACAUUAUUAUUCAUUGCAGCUUUUCUUUCUUUGUAGUAACACGUCUAGCCAAUGUAUCUUUUCAUCUAAACAUGUACUUCGGUCAAGAAAAUGAUUAAGAAAUAAUUUUUUUUAUU